UUUUAAGUGUAAUUAUCGAAACUUGUAGAGAAAGGCAUGGGUAUGUUCAUGAACAGUAUGUCAACAGAAAUGCAGUGAAUUUCGAUAUUAAUAUACUGCUAUAUUUUUAUUCUGUUAUGAAAAUGAUAGCAACUAGCCAAAUUUACUAAAAACCGAACAUGGAUUUGCAGCCGGGAGAUGUAAAGGUGGAGGUGCCACCAGUGUUGAAAGAGAGUAAAGAUCCUGGUGGCCGGCCAGAAACAGAGAGACAAGACUCGCAGAAAUCCAACAAAUCUAAAAAAGUCAAGAAACCAAAAGGAACACAACAUCCAAAAGGUGGUGAUAGCACCACUUCUCUUGGGAGUGACGAUGCGCCAAAACUCAGUAAAGCUGAGUUGAAGCGAAUGAGAAGAGAAAAACAGGAAGCUGAGAGAGCACUGAAAUUAGGCAAGAAGGGAGGCGAUGUUGGAUCAAGUGGUAGUAAA